AUGCCUCUCGAGAUAGCAGAUUCGGACGCCGAGUCAGACUUCGAUUCGCCCGUCAAGAGACCUGCGGCUCACGAGCCUGGAAAAGAGAAUCCCCUCCCUACUCUGGCCUCAGCUCCACCCAUCGUUCGCGAUGAAUAUCUAGAUCCAACUCAAAAGCUUUCAUCCUCUGUCUCACUCCAUCUCAGUGACUUCAAUCAGCUUGAUGGCUCUACGGACAUUACCGUUGCUAGAAUAGCCGACCUGCAAACCACCACACUCUUUGGAGAAAUUCUAUCGGGAAUGACAGCUAAGAAGAGAGCCCAUAGUGCUUUACAAGACAGUAUUGGUGAUUCACUACAUGAGGAACCCAGCGGGGACCCAAAAGUGAAGAGAUCAAAAACGUAUGGGGCAGGAUCCAAGUCUCGCACUCAAGAUGACAAUUUGUUUGCACCGCCUCCAGAAUGCGCUCUUGGAACCCGGGAUCCAGAGCCUACCGAUCAGGACAGGGACGCAGCUGAUCACACAGCGUCAGACAUACGUCCUAUGUCCGAUGAUCUGAACAUGCCGCUCUUGACCGACACAAGCAACCAAACUGGGGUGAUUCCGCUCCUCGAACGAUCCUUGGCUGACUCGUCCCACUGCAUGACCACAUCAAUGGCCUCGAUGGGAAAGUACCAAUCUAUUAAUAUAGACUUCCGGGGCGCCGGUCAGGGGCUGGACGUCAAUACAAAUCCAUUCGGAUCGCUGAGUCAAGUCUCCCUCAGAGAAGAACACAACCAAGCGAGGCCCGAAAACCCCACGGAUUUGGUCGAGGUUAAUGAAGCACAAUCGACUCAUGUUGGUGGAAAUCAGCACAUGGUUUCUUUCCAUGAGCCGUGGCAAGACCAUUCGUUGCAAGUCUCAUCACAGUCGUCACCACCGAGGUCUCAGGCUGUUGAUCCCGCUCGAAUCAUGCGCAAAGAGGGAGCGCCGUUCUACGCCGACAGACCCAGUCACUUCCAAAUACCUGAGAUCGUAAGCGAUAUGCCUGAUCCAGCCAACGCGACGGGAAACGUCGCAAUGAGCAUGGAGAAGGCAUCAGCUCCCAGAAAACGUGGACGUAAAGCGAAGAAUUCUAGGCUUUCUUCCAAAUCGCCUGCUCCUAGUGUGGAUAACGAUCCGGACGAUACGGCCUUCUCGGUUCUAGCGAACUCGACCAGAGCUCGACGAGGAACACUAGAGUCGUUGUCUCAAGCGUCCCAGAUCUCUGCGAAGGAUCCUCCCAGCAAGAAGCGAAAGAGAGGAAAAUCAACUCAGAUUGAUGAAGAAGAACCCGCAGGGGAUGCUCCGGAAUCGUUCGGCUGGGACCACCCGACAGGAGACCUGAACCUAAGCGAGGAAGCCGUGAUCGGGCUGCCAAAAGAAGCGUAUAAGCCGCGCCCCAGUCGGUCUCGCUCAAAAGCAUUUGUGGAAAACGAGACAGAACAACAAACUGCUGAAUUUUCGCUUGUCACACAACCGACAAGCGAGCUCAACCUCAGUGAUGAAGCGGUGAUUGGAUUACCAAAAGAAGCUUAUAAGCCCCGCCCCAGCCGCGCGCGAUCAAAGAAGUUUAUUGACGAGGACGAAACUCUUCUGGCUCCACUGGCAGCCGAUGAUGAACAUCGCACCCCAGCGAAAAGCAAUAGCAACAUCGGCAUAGAGCAAGAAACCCCUACCAUAACUGCGGCAAAGUCUAGCACAAAGAAAGGUAGGAAGAGUAAAGUGAAGCGUGCCAAGACCUCUGCGGCGGCUUUGCUCAAGAAAGCAGAUCCAAUGUUGAGCGAUGGUGAAGAAGAUGUUGUUUGGAUGGACUCGAAGCCUGCGCCAGUGAAGCUGGACCUGCCGCCUGACUUGAAAGCACUGAAAAAAGAAUCUGAUGCCCCGAAGAGCGAGGAAGAGGAUGAACACAGACAAAAGAUCGAUCAGGUCAAAAGUGGUAAGAGCAGCAAUAUCAGCAUCGAGAUUCCCAACCAUCCAGAGGUUAAGAACCCUGUCGUGGAACCUAAGAAGCGAGGCAGGAAGCCCAAGAAAACGGGACCUCAGCAACAGGAGCAAAAGGCUCAUGAAGAAAGGGGAGAAGAACGAGAAUCACAUUCAAAAGCUCGCUCACCGCUAGUUGAGAAGUCAACGAACCUACUCACCGGCACAAACAAGAGUCUGACCGAGAAAGACUUGACACAGGCGCCGACUGUCUCACCGAUCACAUCUCCCGAACCAGAGGCUGAGCCACGAGCGCCGGCGGAAGAGAACGAUGCGGUAUCUGGCGCAGGCAAUAGAAAUGAGCCGAUCACCACACCAGCAAGGCCGAAGCCUGCUGCACCACCCUCGUCUGCAGAAAAAGGUCCGACAAAGCACUCCCCCAUCAACCCACCGAGUCUGAGCAGUUCCGGCCGGAAAGUAAUCUACCGAGUCGGUCUGUCUCGCCGGCAAAAUAUUCCAAGCCUCCUGAGGAAGGUGGACAGAGAUAAGCCACCGCCAAAGAAUGUGGUGAGGAAGGAGAAGGAAAGCAAGAAGAAGAAAGAUGCAGAUGCAGAUUAUGAGGGGGAGGAUGGGGCUGCAAGGCCAGGGGAGAUGAGAGGACCAGACGGAAUGCUGAUUGAGUGGGAGUUCUAG